AGAGAGAGAGAGAGAGAGAGAGAGAGAGAGAGAGAGAGAGAGAGAGAGAGAGAGAGAGAGAGAGAGAGAGAGAGAGAGAGAUGGAUAGUGGAUUGAGAAACGAGGCGGGGGAGGGGGAGAUGGAGGGAGGAGGGAAUGAGAAGGGGCAGGAGAGUGCCGAGCGAAUUAGCCGACCAGAAGGGGAAAAAGGCGGGAGCUUUGAUGACAGCAGCAAAUCGAAGAAAUGUAAGGAUGAUGGAAAGCAGAAGGAGAAUGACAGCAAGGACGGCGGCCAUGGGGGGCAGACAAGGACAGUCCCGAUGUGGAAGCUGUUUUCACUUGCGGACAACUUCGACUAUCUGUUAAUGUUCUUGGGAACAGUCGGUGCAGCUCUCAAUGGUGCUGCGCUGCCGUGUAUCAUGCUGUUGUUUGGCGAUUUGAUGGAUGCAUUUGGAUCACACGCUGCCGACGCUCGACGCCUCAAUCACGAGGUUAAUAAGCUGACUGUCAAAUUCACGUACAUCGCAGCUGGAGCAGCAGUUGCGGGAUUUUUAGAGAUGAACUGCUGGAUGAUGACUGGCGAAAGACAGUCGGGUAGAAUUCGCGAGAGGUACCUUAAAGCGAUCCUCCGACAGAAUGUGGGAUUCUUCGACAAGGAAACAACAACUGGCGAAGUCAUUGAACGAAUGUGGGGCGACACCGUUCUUAUACAAGAUGCCAUGGGAGAGAAGGUGGGAAGCUUUUUGCAGCUGAUCACCACAUUCAUUGCAGGUUUUGCAGUGGCAUUUUCCCGGGGAUGGCUGCUGACCCUUGUCAUGCUCUCAGUCGUGCCGCUCUUGGCGGGAAGUGGAGCAGUUAUGACGACCAUCAUCCGUAAGCGAGCGAGCCUAGGACAGGAUGCAUACGCAGAGGCAGGAUCGCUCGCUGACCAGAUUGUCAGCAGCAUGAGGACAGUUGCCUCCUUUGUCGGUGAAAAGAAAGCAGUUGAGGCAUACUCCAUGAAGAUCCAGAAGGCUUACAAAAGCGGCAUUGUGCAAGGGUUCACGAAUGGAUGUGGGAUGGGAAGCCUGAUGUUUAUCAUGUUCUGCUCCUAUGCUCUGUGUUUAUGGUCGGGAUCGCGGUUCAUCGCACAACAUAAGGGAUACACCGGCGGCGGAGUGUUAACCAUUCUCUUCAGCGUCAUUGUCGGAAGCAUAUCUCUGGGUCAAGCAUCGCCGAAUCUGGUUGCCUUUGGGUCGGGGAGGGCAGCAGCAUACAAAAUGUUCGAGGUCAUGCAGAGAGAGCCUCCUAUUGACAUUGCAGACAUGUCGGGAAAGGUCCUUCCAGAGGUGAGGGGGGAGAUUGAGCUGAGGGAUGUGCAUUUUGCCUAUCCUUCGCGGCCGGACGUGAACAUUUUCAAUGGUUUUAGCUUAGUCAUGCCUGCAGGCAAAAUGGCAGCUCUGGUCGGAGAAAGUGGCAGCGGUAAGAGCACGGUCGUUAGCCUGAUCGAGCGAUUCUAUGACCCUCUCUCAGGCACAGUCUGCGUCGAUGGAGUGGACAUAAGAAGCCUCCAGCUUAAGUGGUGGAGACAGCAGCUUGGCCUUGUCAGUCAAGAGCCAGUCCUGUUUGGCACAAGCAUUCGGGAAAAUGUGGCGUACGGAAAGGAGGGUGCUACCUUUGAGGAGAUAGUGUCGGCUUGCAAGAUGGCGAAUGCUCAUAGAUUCAUCAUGAAGCUACCCAACAAGUAUGACACCAAUGCCGGCGAUCGAGGGACACAGCUAUCGGGGGGACAGAAACAGAGGGUGGCCAUUGCCCGAGCAAUCCUGCGAAACCCAAAGAUCUUGCUCCUGGAUGAGGCAACCAGUGCGCUCGACACACAGUCCGAGAGGAUCGUCCAACAGGCACUCGACAGCGUUAUGGCCAACCGGACGACGAUCGUCGUUGCGCAUCGCCUGUCAACCAUCCACAAUGCAGAUAUGAUUGCGGUCGUUCAGAGAGGAAGGGUGAUCGAAAUUGGGCAACACCAAUCUCUAGUGAACAAGCCUGGCGGGGCUUAUGCGGCGUUGGUUAGCCUGCAGAAGUGUGAUGAGGAUGUGAGUGAGGAGAAGGUGGAUGGUUGUGAGGGCGAGGAGGGCAUUGAAGAAGCAAAUGGCGAUGGGCGGUUGCAACAUGGAAUGCGUGCAGGCCGAGGACUCGUCAUCGAACAGCAAGUUUCCGACGUUCACGCUUACGACGGAUCGGACAAAAUGGCACAAGCUUCUGAAGGAGCCGGGGCCAAGCGGCAAGGCAGAGACUCGAUCCUUAAAGAUCUGCUUAUGUCAGUUAUUCAUUCUUUUCGUCGAAGAAAGAAUUCAGACGUUGAGAAAGGGUCCGCAACGCGGGGUAAGGGAGCUAUGCUACGGAUGGCAAAGCUGGGAUUGCCGGACUUGCACUAUGGUGUUCUUGGGCUCCUCGGGUCAACGGGGCAAGGGCUUGUGUUCCCUGCAUUCUCAAUCCUGCUCUCUCACAUGCUUGCAGACUUCUAUAAGACUGAUGUGAAUAAAAUAAAGAGUGCGGCGAACUUUUGGGCACUUUUGUUUGUAGGUCUGGCAUGCUGGGCACUGGUCUGCAUGUGCGUACAGUUGACCCUGUUCACGGUGGUUGGUGAGAGACUCGUCAAGCGGGUGAGAGAGAUGACUUUUGCUACAGUUGUCAGGCAGGAGAUUGCAUGGUUUGAUGAUCCCGACAACUCUGCUGGGGUGGUGGGUGCACGUCUGGCGACCGAUGCGGCCUUGGUUAAAUCCAUCGUCAGCACCCAGCUUUCCACGUCGACGCAGGCUCUUGUUACGGUGAUUGCAGGUCUCACGGUUGCUUUUAUUGCCAGUUGGCGGCUUUCGCUUGUGAUUUUGGCAAUUGUGCCAAUUAUUGGGGCUGCGGGCGUUUUCCAGGCUCAGUUCAUUCAGGGAUUCAGUGCAAAUGCCAAGCUUAUGUAUGAACAGGCCAGCAAGGUCGCGAACGAUGCAGUAAGCAGCAUAAGAACGGUUGCUGCUUUCAGCGCAGAGGACAAAGUGAUGGGGUUGUACAAUGAGAGGGUUGUGGAGCCGAUGCGUGCGGGCAAGAAGCAAGCAGUGAUCAGUGGCUUUGGCAUGGGCUUUGCGCAGUUCGCUUUGUUCAACUCCCAUGCCCUGAGCUUCUGGUACGGAGGAAAGCUGGUCCAAAAAAAACUCGCAUCGCUUCAGGAUGUCUUCAAUGUGUUCUUUGCCAUAUUCAUGAGCGCAAGAAGCGUAUCGCAUGCACAGAGUGCGGCCCCGGAUGUCGGGAAAGUGAAAGCAGCGGCCAGUUCAAUCUUCCAAAUUCUUGACCGCAAGUCAAAGAUAGAUCCAGAAGAAACGACGGGGGAGAUUGUGCAGGGAUCAUUUCGGGGGGAGGUGGAAUUCGAGCAAGUGCAUUUCGCCUACCCAACACGCCCAGACAUAGUGGUCUUGAGAGAUUUCAGUCUGAAGAUUCCUCCCGGUAUCACCCUUGCUCUUGUAGGUGAGAGUGGGAGCGGGAAGAGCACUGUGGUGACGCUGAUUGAGCGUUUCUACGAUCCGGAUUCUGGCAGAGUCCUUGUUGACGGCAGAGAUGUGCGCAGAUUGCAGGUGAAGUGGCUGCGGUCCCAAGUGGGACUCGUGAGCCAGGAGCCUGUGCUGUUCGCCUCGUCAAUACGGGAAAACAUUUUGUAUGGCCGAGAGAAUGCCACGGAAGCCGAGGUUGAGGCAGCAGCUCGCGCAGCAAAUGCACACUCCUUCAUAUCGCACCUCCCUGAAGGCUACAAUACCCUGGUUGGUGAGAGGGGCACCCAGCUUUCUGGAGGGCAGAAGCAGAGGGUCGCCAUUGCAAGAGCGAUCAUCAAAGAUCCGCGGAUUCUGUUGCUCGAUGAGGCCACUAGCGCGUUGGACACCGAGUCUGAACGCUUGGUCCAAGAUGCGUUGGACCGCAUGAUGCUCCAACGGACAACGAUCGUCAUUGCGCACCGCCUCACUACCAUCCGAAAUGCCGACAACAUCGUUGUAAUGAAUGCAGGACAGGUUGUGGAGCAAGGACAACAUGACGAGCUUGCCGCCAAACCAGGAGGUGCUUAUGCUACUCUGGUCAGUCUCAACAAGCUCUCCGUAGUUUAGAAGCGCGUGCCAAGUGCCCAGUUUAGAGCCGUCUCACUACCAACCAUGCGAAUGCUGGCCAGCCUGAGCAAGCUCUCAGUAGUUCAGACGAAAGCACUACUGAUCGUAUACCUGCAUCACAAUGCCGGUUGACUUGGACUUGUCAUCAAGGACUCAUCAACGACUCAUCAACGACUCAUCAACGACUCGUCAAGGACUCGUCAUUCCUGGAAUUGAGGCAAGUACCUAGUUUUAGGUCAAAGCAAGGGCAAUGCAGAUGAAUUCAAGCUUGUUCUUUUUUUUCUUUUUUUUUCAUGUCGCAAGUGGACACAGCACAAGCUCAGGAAUGCAUGUCAUUCAUUUGUGCUGCGUCUUUUUUGCUUUUUUGCCCCUGCUCAGUAACGUUGUUUGCCCGGUUGCACUGCUGGGUUCCACAGAGUGAAAAGAAGCAGGGAAUUGUUGCAAGGCCUUCUGCACCAGUUCCCUUAAAUCUGGCAACAAUGGGUCAGCAUUGCGCUUUUUUCUUUUGAGGGUGUCGAGGGGUCGCAGAUGGGGUAUGCCCGUAGGCACAAAGUUUGUAGACGCUGAGGGUAAGCAGUGGUGGUGGGAGUGUCCUGGAUGUCGCGGAAUUCGAAAUGCGUGCUGUAUCUGCUGAUCUGUAUGGCGCUUGCAGUCAUUGAGGCAACUGUUAACGGUGACGAACGCAAAGCUUUCCACCAAGUGACAGUGAAUAGUGAAGCAUCCUCUCGCGAAGUAGAGAGGUAAGCAAAGCCAAGGGAAGGAAUGAUUGUGUGUGUUGAUCUGGCAAACUCCCUCACACAAGGAUGCAGGGUUAUGACGAUGCGUGUUGGCAUGUUACAUCCUAGACCGGUGUUCAGCUCCAGACAGAUGGCGUGGAAGUCAUCUGCUGAAAUAGUCAAUAGGAUUGACAAAC